AUGUCCCCGGACCACCCCUCCCCGGCAGCAGGCAGCGGCGACGACCUCCUCCAUCGCAUCCCCAGCGCCCUCAAUGCCCCUCCCAUGCUUACCCAACCCGGUGUCGAAGAGCUCCAGGCACCCACCACAGUUCCACCAUUGAGAGACUUUCCACAAGCAACUUUCACCCGCUACCGCUUGGACGCCCAAAAGCGCCGCCGACCACAAUGCAUCGCCCACCGCGGCUACCGCGCCAAAUACGCCGAGAACAGCAUGCGCGCGUUCCGAGGCGCCAUAUCCACCGGCGCGCACGCGCUAGAAACGGACGUGCAUGUGACGAAAGAUGAGGUAGUGGUCCUGAGCCACGAUCCCAGCUUAAAGCGAUGCUUCGGCGUUGAUCGCAAGAUCAAAGACUGCACCUGGGACGAGAUAAGCAAGAUGCGGACGGUGGGUGGUGGACAGGGGGAUAAAGCGAAGGCGAAAGCUGGGAUCAGGACGGAAGGGGAGGCGAUGGCGCGGUUGCAGGACUUGUUGGAGUACUUGGCGCAGCCCGGUUUGGAGGAGGUGUGGGUGAUGUUGGAUAUUAAGCUGAGCAAUUCGGCGGAGCAGAUUAUGCGAUUACUCGGGUCGACGAUCGCGGCUGUCCCGCCUGCGCAGGGUGGGAAGAGGUGGGAGGAGAGGAUCGUGAUGGGGAUUUGGGCCGCAAAAUUCUUGCCGCUUGCUCUUGAGCAUUGUCCUGGAUUCCCAGUCAGCAAUAUCGGCUUCUCGGUGUCGUAUGCGCGGCAUUUCCUGGAGAUCCCGAAUGUGAGCUUUAACAUGCUGUUGCCGAUGCUUAUCGCACCUGGAGGGAGACGGUUUUUGCGUGACGCCAGAAAGGAAGGGUGGGAGGUGUAUGCAUGGACGGUCAACGAGAGGACGAAGAUGGAGUGGUGUAUACGACGGCAGCUUGAUGGGGUUAUCACGGAUGAUGUCGCCAAGUUUCUGGAUGUUUGCGAACGGUUCGAUGAGACGACCCCAGAAAACUGGAUGCCGGUUGGAGCCCUGGGGUAUUUGGAUAUCAUGAGGGUGUAUCUUUGGGUGAGCGUCAUGGCAUGGCUGUACCGGAGGAUGUUCAGACCGGUGGCAAGCAGGGCGUUGAUUGAGAGGCGGGAGUAG